AUGACGGACUGUCAUGAUUCAGUAUAUUUCGCGCCAUCUGUUUUCCUCAAUCAUGGCGGCGGUCCUGCUCCUAUUUUGGGAAUAGAAGAUGACUUACAAAUCGCGGAAUCGCUGCGUAACAUUUCGAAAAUUGUUGACUUAAAGCGACUAAAAGCUGUGAUAGUCGUAACAGCUCAUCGAGAGGAAGACUCGGUUACGAUAUCGUCGGGAAAUCAACAUCACUUGUUAUACGACUACUAUAAUUACCCACCUGCAAGUUACAAAUUCAAAUAUGACGCUCCAGGUGAUCCAGUUCUGGCAGGUAAGAUACACGAAGCGUUCGAUAAAGCAGGGAUUCCAUCAACAUUAGACGAAAAAAGAGGUUGGGACCAUGGAGUUUUUAUUCCAAUGAUGCUAAUAAAUCCUAGUGCGGAUAUUCCUAUAGUUCAAGUUUCAAUAUUGAACAAUCAGAACACAUCGCAGCAUUUAAACAUUGGAAAAGUGUUGUAUCAAUUUCGUAAAGAAGCCGUCGCGAUAUUUGGUUCAGGAAUGUCGUAUCAUAACAUGGCUGAAUUAAGGAAAGCAGAAAAAGUGAAUGACAGGGUUAUCGUUAACGAAAUAUUCGAUAGUUUUCUAAAUAAAGUUCUUACUGGUGACGUUGACGCAAAAAAAGAAAUUUUAUAUUGGGACAAAGUGCCUCAAGGCUUAGAGUCUCAUCCCUCGGGUGAAGCGGAACACUUAAUGCCUUUGAUCGUCAACAUUGGCGCAGGAGGAUCUUCACCGGGGAGGAAUAUUUUCUCGUCGGUCUACAUGCAUAAAUUUAUUCUGAGUGGUUUUAUUUGGGAUAAAGAGUGA